AUGGUUCCUUUAAAGAUAUUUCUGUUAGCUGUUUCAUCUGAUAAACCAGCCAUCACGUUACUACAAAACACAGCUCAACCGAAUGCAGCGUAUGGCUGCUAUAGUUGUCAAAUAAAAGGUAUUACCGUAAAAACUGGUAGUGGUCACAAUCGAAUACGAGUAUUUCCUUCAUCGAUUAGAGCCGACGAACAACCACAACUGCGAAAAAAUCACACAUACGAUGCAAUUAUUGCAUAUUUAGAAGAAGUCAAUUUGUUAACAGUGCGAACAAGACAACAAAAACAAAAAUUUCACGAUGAUUUAAAAGGCCACAAUGGACCAUGUCAGCUACGGCAAUUGAAAAUGUUGAUGUCGGCGAAUCCUUCGCAUUUGAUACGUUACAUAGUCUCUAUGGUGGUGUUUUUUAUUUUUCAUUCAACUUUGCCCACUAUUUAUUUUCAGCAUCUGUUACUAUUGGUUAUUUCCGCACACCUUGCUGAAGAUCGUAUAUUAUUAAAAUUAAACAUUCCAAUUGUGCAACUGCUGAUGAAUAAAUUUGUUGUAGAUUUUACCAAAUUAUAUGGCGAACGACAUAGCGUCAUGAAUGUCCAUGUCAAUAUUCAUAUGUCGUCAACACUUACCAAUUUUGCACAAUUAUAUCACGUCAGUACAUAUCCCUUUGAAUCACUCCUUGGAAAAAUAACAUCAUCCAUUGCCGGCACAAAACAUUUUGGUUCUGAAGUAGCAAACAAUUUCA